AUGGCAUUGAGAAAUACUAAUUCCACCAACAUCUCUUUGAAUAGUUUAUGUUUUGUCAUUGGGAUUAUCAUCUUUUCAAUGACAACACAACUCACUGGGGUUGACUGCAGAGCUUUAUGUUCGACACAACUCAUCCCCGCAACUCGAAUUGAACGAGUUGAUGAAGCUGAGGACACCACAACUGAAUCCAGGCUCUCUUCUUUCAGCAUAACGCGUUGCAGUAGCCUCAGAUCGAGGAUGAGGAACUUGGGAUAUAAGCUGGCUUCCGGACCUAGCAAAAGAGGACCAGGCCAUUAA